AUGCUGGAGGUGGACACGGCCCCCCCCCCGAGCCAGCUGGCCACCAAGCUCACCCACAUGGAGACGCAGGUCUGCCCGGUGCCAAGCCAAACCCCAGCUGUCACCGUGCCGUUUGUCUUACGGGAGCAGCCGUGUGAGAAAGCUGCAGAGCAAACGUCGCCGUGUGCCCGGGGGCUGCCCGAGCCGCACGUGCUGCUCCGGGCCACGCAGUGCCGGCCCUCGCUGGCUGGGGAGUCACCUGGCCAGGCCCUGGGACACGUGCCAGCUCCGGCCACAGCCCUGCCGGCGUGCUCACUCCGGAGCCACCGCCCAACCCCGCGCUGUGUCCCCAGGCUGCACACAUGGGACUGGGGCAGCACGGCCAGGAGGACCAGCAGCCUCGGCCGCCGGGCACCGGGAGCGGUGACCACGGCCACCGCAGCUGCUCCUGUACAUGGGUGCCCACCGGAGGAGACCUACGGGGAGGACCCGUUCCUGAGUGGGGAGCUAGCCCGCAGCUUCGUGCAGGGGCUGCAGGGCCAGCACCCCCGCUACAUCAAGGCCAGCGCCGGCUGCAAGCACUUCAGCGUGCACGGGGGCCCCGAGAACAUCCCCGUCUCCAGGCUCAGCUUCGACGCCAAGGUGCUGGAGCGGGACUGGCGCACCACCUUCCUGCCCCAGUUCCAGGCGUGCGUGCGCGCCGGCUCCUACAGCUUCAUGUGCAGCUACAACAGGAUCAACGGCGUUCCCGCCUGCGCCAACAAGAAGCUGCUGACAGAUAUCCUGCGUGGCGAGUGGGGGUUCGAGGGCUACGUGGUGAGCGACGAGGGGGCCCUGGAGCUCAUCAUGCUGGGGCACCACUACACGCGCACCUUCCUGGAGACGGCAGUCGCCUCAAUGAAUGCCGGCUGCAACCUGGAGCUCUCCUACGGCAUGAGGAACAAUGUCUUCAUGCACAUCCCCCAAGCUCUGGCCAUGGGCAACAUCACACUGCAGAUGCUGCGCGACCGGGUCCGGCCCCUCUUCUACACGCGGAUGCGGCUGGGAGAGUUCGAUCCCCCGGCCAUGAACCCCUACAGCACCCUGGACCUGAGCGCCGUGCAGAGCCCCGAGCACCGCAACCUCUCGCUGGAAGCUGCUGUCAAGAGCUUCGUGCUGCUGAAGAACGUGCGGGGGACGCUGCCCCUCCGGGCCCGGGACCUGCCCGGCAAGCGCCUUGCAGUGGUGGGUCCCUUCGCCGACAACCCCCGGGUGCUGUUUGGGGACUAUGCGCCGGUGCCGGAGCCGCGGUACAUCUACACUCCCCGGAGAGGGCUGGAGACACUGAUGGCCAACGUCAGCUUCGCGGCAGGCUGCCGUGAGCCGCGGUGCCAGCAGUACUCGCGGGCAGAGGUGGCGGGUGCGGUGGGGGCAGCCGAUGUGGUGGUGGUCUGCCUGGGGACAGGGACGGAUGUGGAGACGGAGGCGAAGGACCGGAGAGACCUGUCCCUGCCGGGCCACCAGCUGGAGCUGCUGCAGGACGCCGUGCAGGCGGCUGCUGGGCACCCUGUCAUCCUGCUGCUGUUCAACGCGGGGCCCCUGGACGUGAGCUGGGCACAGGCGCACGAGGGCGUGGGGGCCAUCCUGGCAUGCUUCUUCCCUGGCCAGGCCGCCGGCCUCGCCAUCGCCAGGGUCCUGCUGGGCGAGGCAGGGGCCAACCCGGCAGGCAGGCUGCCAGCCACGUGGCCCGCGGGCAUGCACCAGGUGCCACCGAUGGAGAACUAUACCAUGGAGGGGCGGACGUACCGGUACUACGGGCAGGAGGCCCCGCUCUAUCCCUUCGGGUACGGGUUGUCCUACACCACCUUCCAGUACCGGGACCUAGUGCUGAGCCCCCCAGCGCUGCCUGUCUGUGCCAACCUCUCCGUGUCCGUGGUGUUGGAGAACACGGGGCAGCGGGACGGCGAGGAGGUGGUGCAGCUGUACCUGCGGUGGGAGCAGUCCUCCGUGCCAGUGCCCCGCUGGCAGCUGGUGGCUUUCCGCCGCGUGGCUGUGCCGGCCGGCCGGGAGACCAAGCUGUCCUUCCAGGUGGUGGCCGAGCAGCGCGCCAUCUGGGCACAGGACUGGCGCCUCGAGCCCGGCACCUUCACCCUCUUUGCCGGUGGGCAGCAACCGGGCCAGCAGAUGCAGGCGCCCUCGGAGGUGCUGAGCGCACGGUUCACCGUCACCGGUGCAGCCCGGCCCCUGCGCGGGUGCUAGAGGUGGGGGCGGCCGCAGGGCUGGGCAGCCCAGGGUGCUGGUGGAGGGAAGGGGUGCACGGCAUCCCGUGUGCUGCGGGGAGCGCGGUUGUCUGCCUUGCAAUAAAGUGCCGGGUGCUGCUCC